GAUGCUUUUUGUCAUGUCUGGCCUAGUCUGGUAAAUACCUGUCAGCUUGGGGAUCCUAGCUGAUGGUUUGGUUUCGGACGUCCGAUCAGCCUCAUGUUUUCCUUAUUUAUAGACUUCAUGUGCCCUCUUCACGUUAUUUUCUUAAAUCUCAUUCAGUCAUCAUGCGUUUCUUGUCAAUCCUGUCACUCGCGAUUGCGGCUUCGUCGGCCCAAGCCAGCACUUUCCCGGGUUAUUCUUUCACCACGGAACCAACAUCUGAAAUCAAGAACGUGCUGUCGCAUUACUGCAUUAUUCUUGACACCAAGACAUACUCAGAUCUGUCUAAAGUUUAUACCUCUGAUGCCGUUGCGGAUUUCACCACGAUUGGACUGGGUGUCCUCAAAGGGCUACCGGCUAUUGAGACAGCGAUGAAUGCGUCUCUGUUUGGAAUUCCAACUCAACAUGGAAUGACCACAAGCUAUGUUUCAGAUAUUUCUGAGAAAAGUGCAAAUGCCACUUCAUACUACACGCUUCAACAAUUUGGCACAGGAAAUAACACUGGCCAGCUUUUCACUGUUUGGGGGAAGUGGGUGGACGAGCUUGUGUAUGACAACAGCACGUGGAAAGUCAAGAACAGACAGGUCGUUGCUAUGGGUGGACCGUUGAUUGGAAACUUCAUCGUUCCGACACAUUGAGAGAGAUCGACGGAAGUGGCGUUGGGCUCGUGUUGAUGAGCACAAAGUAAUAUAAUUAUAAUACAACACUCCAAGUUGUGGCAACGACGGCCAAAGCACAUACUAGCCGAAGCUAUGUGAUAAACUUGAUGCAAAGUAUGGAGACACUGCCCUGGAGAGAAUGAGCUUCACGUGAAAAUCAAACUUACUGGUGAGC